AUGGCAGCGAGUGUUGUACGGCAGCAUGGUGACCCGGAGUUUCUCCGGCUGAAGGAGGUCGACCUCCCAGAGGAGCUGAACGAGCAUGAGCUCUUGAUUGAAGUGCACGCCUCAAGCGUGAAUCAUGUUGACUGCCGGCUGCGACAGGGCGUUGCUGAGAAGGAGGGCGUCUUGUCGGUACCGGCAGUGCUGGGGAUAGAUUUCAGCGGUAUCGUGAGGAAGGUUGGAAGCAAAGUAGAAAGAUUCAAGAUCGGAGAGAGCGUGUUCGGGAUACAGCAGGUUGCGAGGAUCAUAGCAGGAAGGAACGGCACCUAUGCUGAAUGGUGUGUCGUGCAUGAAGAUGAUGCAGCUACCAAACCAAAGAGUCUGACUUUCGAGCAAGCAGCUGUGGUCCCCAUGGCAGGUCUGACAGCGUGGACAGCGUUGAUCCAGGGUGGUCUCGACCAGCGGGAGGGAAAGAAAGUUGUGAUAAUCGGAGGAUGUGGGGGUGUAGGAUCCUUUGCAACGCAGUUCGCGAAGCGUUACUAUCGGGCAUUCGUGGUAGUCUGCUGUGCAAGCAAGCAUGUGGAUCUGGCAAAGAAGAUAGGAGCUGAUGAGGUCAUCGAGUACUCCAAAGGCGACUGGAAAGGAUCGUGUGCCAAAUACAGAGAAUUCGACCUGGUGUUGGACUGCGUCGGGCUGGAUGAGUACUGGGAAGUGUUCGGACGUGAGGUGCUGGGAAGCGAUGGAAAGUACAUUGCUCUAAAUGCAUUGAGACACAGUUUGCAAGACAGUGUGAAGAAGUUGAACAGAGACAUGGAUGAGGAGAUCGAGGAGGAGGACGAGGACGAGGAGGACGAGGAGGAGUAUUCCUUCGAGCGUCUCGCUACCGAGCGGAUGAUUGCAGCAAAGAGCCGUGUUCUCAACAUAGGAGGCGGGAUAUUUUCUGGUUUCCGCUUGUUUCAGUUCAAGGAUGUGAAGCUUUCGAGCUUGCAAGAAAUCGGAGAACUGUUAGAAGACGGGACUGUUAAGUGCAUCAUCCAAGAAAUUUAUGACCUGACAGACAUGGACCGGGCCCAUGAGACUCUGGAAACUUUCCACACAGGGGGGAAACUUUGCGUCAGAAUCC